GUGGGUUGGGAAUGUGCAGCAGGGCUGUACGAGGCUGAGGAAGAGGAGGAGGCACGUGUGAAAUAGCGCAGGUCAGCCUACAUUGUGUCAAGCUGCCGAUAAUAACGCGAUACAGUUUCAGACAUAUUGUCAGCGAAGGAGUCAUCAGAUCGGGAGGAGAGCCGAGGUCCAGCCGCGGGUCCCUGCCGGAUGACUAAUACAUGUUUUUGUGACGGACUUAACGUGUGUGGUCUCUGGUGUGCUGUGACUGUCCCCUUCCUUGUCUCUCUGUGCCUCUGCAUGUACCGUGGGCAGCCCCGGCCUGUCAGAGAGACACUGUGCUCAGAGACUGCCCCGCACCAGGAGAAUCCAUGGCUUUUGGCCCUCCAUCUCCCUCUGUAGGCCCCAGGCUCAGGCUUUUGGAGUUGCUGCUUGGGCCUCUGUUGCUGUUGCUGGUAUCUGAGCUUGGAACAGCUCUGGGUCAGAAGGUCUACACCAACACAUGGGCUGUCCACAUACCUGGAGGUCAGGAGGAAGCUGACCGAAUCGCCAGUAAACACGGCUUCAUUAACCAUGGACAUGUUUUUGGUGAUUAUUAUCACUUCCGGCAUCGCACCGUGGUGAAGAGAUCGCUGUCAGAUCACAGGGGGACUCAUGUCCGUCUACAAAGAGAACCCAAGGUGUCUUGGGCAGAGCAGCAGGUGGUGAAACGGCGGAAAAAGAGAGACGUCUUCACAGAGCCUUCAGAUCCCAAGUUCAGAGAUCAGUGGUACCUGUACAACGGGAACCGCCGUGACCUGAACGCCAAAGGUGCAUGGGAGUUGGGCUACACAGGUAAAGGGGUGGUGGUGUCCAUCCUGGAUGAUGGGAUAGAGAAGAACCACCCUGACCUGAAACAGAACUACGACCCAGAUGCAAGUUACGACGUAAAUGACGGCGACCCAGAUCCUCAGCCAAGAUACACACAACUUAAUGACAACAGGCAUGGGACCCGGUGUGCAGGCGAGGUGGCAGCGGUAGCCAACAAUGGGAUUUGUGGAGUCGGAGUGGCUUACAAUGCCAAGAUUGGAGGUGUGCGUAUGCUAGAUGGGGAGGUGACGGACGUGGUGGAGGCCCAGUCUCUCAGUCUAAACCCCCAACACAUCCACAUCUACAGUGCCAGCUGGGGCCCAGAGGAUGAUGGGAAAACUGUCGAUGGGCCCGCCAAGCUCGCCAAGGAAGCGUUUCUACGCGGAGUGACGGAGGGUCGCGGGGGUCUCGGCUCCAUCUUUGUCUGGGCUUCUGGAAACGGAGGAAGGGAGAAGGACAGCUGUAACUGUGACGGCUACACCAACAGCAUCUACACCCUUUCCAUUAGCAGCUCUACCCAGAAUGGCAAUGUUCCCUGGUACAGCGAGGCCUGCUCUUCCACACUUGCCACCACCUACAGCUCUGGCAACCUCAACGAGAAACAGAUAGUAACUACAGACCUCAAAUCAAAAUGCACAGACUCCCACACCGGCACGUCUGCCUCCGCCCCCCUUGCUGCUGGGAUCAUCGCUCUUGCCCUGGAGGCCAAUAAAAACCUGACCUGGAGGGACAUGCAACAUCUGGUAGUACGAACUUCGCAUCCUGCCCACCUCCUUACCAAUGACUGGAAAACCAACGGAGUUGGCCGCAAAGUGAGCCAUUCAUAUGGAUAUGGCCUGCUGGAUGCCAGUGCAAUUGUGGCCUUGGCAAAGACGUGGACGAGUGUGGGGCCUCAGCGUAAAUGUGUGCUGUCCAUGGUCUCUGAACCUAGGAACAUUGGCAGCCAUUUGGUGAUUAACAAAAGUGCGGAUGCCUGCAUCGGGACAGCCAACCACGUGAGCACAUUAGAGCACGUCCAGGCCCAGCUCACCCUGUCCUACAAUCGCAGGGGAAACCUGGCCAUCCACCUCAUUAGUCCCAUGGGCACAAGAUCCACAUUGCUCGCACCAAGGCCUCAUGACUACUCAUCAGAAGGUUUUAACGACUGGGCCUUCAUGACCACCCACUCCUGGGACGAGAACCCAAGUGGGACAUGGAUUCUGGAAAUAGAAAAUGUGGCUGGGGCCAGUGACUAUGGCACUCUGACCCAGUUCACUUUGGUCCUGUACGGGACAGGCACAGCUACUUCCAGCUCCUCUGACAAAGAGUUGUCUCAGCCUGGCAAUGGCAGCUGCAAGACGUUUGACCUGAGGCAGAUAUGUAUUGAGUGCAAUGCUGGCUACUACCUCUUUCAGCAGGGCUGUGUGAAAGAAUGUCCAGCAGGCUACAGUGUGGGCUCGCAGCCCCUCAACUACACAUUAGGAAACUUUGUGGAACCAGCCUCCGUCCUGACUUGCCUGCCCUGCCAACCCCCCUGUCUGACCUGCAAAAGCCUCAGCCCACACGCCUGCUUGUCCUGCCCCCCUCACAACCACCUGGACCCCGUCUCUGGCACCUGCCUGCACCUCAACCAGAUCCAGCGUGAGUCCCCUGGCAGCUUCAUGGUGGGCCAGGGGAACGGCGGCUCGCAGCUCCAGCUUGGCUCUCAGCUGCCCAUCACCAUUGCUGUGCUCAGCUGCAUGGCCAUCAUCGCCACUUUUGCUGGCAUCUUCCUGCUGCUGCAGCUGCGCUCCGGGGCGCUCAUCAAGCUGCCCUCUCUAGAGGCCGGCGGAGGCCUGGGCGGGAGCUUCAGCCUUGGGGGCAACAGGGUGGUGUCGUACCGCGGUAUCCCCACAGUGUGGGGGGAUGAAGGGGUAAAUACAGACUCGGAAAACGAAGAGUUUGACGUCCACAAUGAGAGGACUGCCUUUAUCAAAACACAAAGUGCUCUUUAAUGCCCCCACCCCCUCACCCCCCUUUUCCCUCUUCCUCUCCUGCUCUCAAAACCCUCUCACCCCUUAUGUCUGACCAUUCAGGGCUGUGGUACUGUCUUUUCACAGUCUUCUCUGGUUUUAUCUCUCAUUCCCUUUUCCAUCUGUCUUACUGGGUUCUCAUCUGAGUCCUGCUUCGGGAUCUUGUCUUCCACUCUUCUGUGGGUGACCUGAUGGGAGGCCGCUGUCUCUUGGAGCUUGGGGAUGGCCUGAGCUUGCUCUGUUCACACUUGGGCGCAUUUCUAUUAAACUGGCUCUCUCCCCCCUGUUGCCCUCAAUCACUAACAGACAGAGUGUGUCUGUGCAGAGCCCAUUUCCCCCCGGCUCCAGGGUUUUUAUGUGUCACAAUAAACAAACGGUUAUUGUUUGCUUUCUUCCUCUUUAUUUUUCUUUUUUUUUCCAUCAGUCUCAGUGCAGUAGCCGGACGAGAUUGUUACAUUUUGGGAACACAGCUUUGUGUGUGAGCGCGUGUGAGUGUGUCUGUGUGCAUGCAAGCAUGUAAAUCUGGUGAACAGUGUAGUAGAGGCAGUCAUAGAGAAGCUGCAGCGGGUCCUGUCACAUCUCCAACUUAAACUGCAAAACGAUAACAAAGAUCUGUAAAAAGGAGCCUUUUGCUCAGAUUGGUGAACAGGGAUUUGUUCUGGACAGCUGUUUUUCAGUUGACAUAAUCAUUCAAAACGUGUUCAGAAAAACAGCCCUUAUUCUUACUCUUCGAGUUGUGACUUGUCAGAGAAGCAAAACAAUCCAUCAGGAAGCUUUCUCUGUUUGUUGUGGUGAGACACAGUUUUUGUAUCUGCUCUUUUAUCUGCACAGUUACUGUUGCAGGUGUGAUGGGGGGAGGCUUUAGUCCUCUCAUUAACACAGUUUGGAAUGAUAGCUCUGGUAGAAGAAACUCUGACUCACACAAUUAGCAAAAGGUUUCCCAUCACUUUUAGAAUUGAGGAUGGAUUGAACUUAUAACAGAAUUAAUGCAAAAAUAUAAAUUCUCCUGGCUUUUUAAACUCCUAACCGUCACAGAGAAAGCUACAAUGAAACAACUGUGACUUAUCAUUGGCUUUUAGAUAAACCCUAAGGCAAAAUCGCCUCGGGGGAUAUUUAAUUUUACCCGUUUUCAGCAUUUGAUGUGCUCACAUCCUGCAGCUGAGAGCAGCAGCAGUGUGCACAGAUGAGACCCAGAAGAAUAGUUGACAAUUUAACACAAGGGCUUGUCAAAGCAGAGGGGUGAGUUGCCAGUGAUUGGUUUUCUUGACACGAGAGCAGCACAGCAGCAUGGCCUUCCCUUCAUCAGAGCGAAUUAGCACCAUUAAGGUCUCGCACAUGCCUCGUAUAGUAACAGCCGUGUGAUUCUUUUUGUGCGUGCGUGCAUAUGGGUGAGAAAGUUUCCGUAUUGAGUAGUGCAUACGCAGUAGAAAAAUGUUUUUUUUAGCCACAGGGUGAACACUAUGGGCCCUGUGAAGUGGUAAAUUUUCUUUUCACACUUCAGGCUGCCAGUCAGGCUUUCUUCUUAACAUCUCUUCAGUUCUGUGUAGGAAUCCUGCAUUGAGACUUUACAUCUCACCAGCUUCUCUGCACGCUCCCUCCAGUCAUCACCUGAUCUGUUCAGUGGAUUUGCCAAUUAAUUGCAUUUUGAAUGACACUACAAUGUUUUUUUUUCUUUUCCUUUUUUUAUUCCUAUCUUUAAGGAGGAUCGUUUUAAAGUGAUUUUUCUUUUUUUCGGGGCUGCUUAUCAUUGAAAAUCUGCAUCUCAUAAAUUUAUCCAGUGUACCCAUUUUGGAUCUAUGCUUUCUUUCUUUCUUUCUGUCUUUCUUUGUCUUUCUUUCUGUCUUUCUUUCUUACUAUGUUGACAUGAUUUUCCAUUUUCAGUACAGAACAGUGGAGCUUGCUGAGAGAGGUUGUCAUGGUGAUGACAUGCAUACACAAUUGCAGCUGCUCAUCCUUUCAUCUACCUCUCAUAUGGUUCAGCAAUGUUCCACACACUGUAUGUUGUUUCAGUUAAUGAUAAAUCAGUAUAGUGAUCAAAAUAUACGUAGGUCAGAAAUGAAACCUUCUCUUUGGAAAGUUUUAAGAGUAUAGGGGUUUUCAAGUCUAAUUUAUGUUUCAAAGGAAAAUAAAAUAAUACUAAAAGAGCAACUGCAGUGCUAGGACUGGUAGACCUGCAGUGUAAGUGAUAGUCCACCCCAAACUCCAUAUCAGACCUGUCCUCUAAACAUAUUGCCUUCUGGAUUGGUAUUCAUGGGGCGUCACACCUAUGCUUUAAAACCUAAAAAAGGGAUGGGUUGAAGGAUUGCCCAUAGGUGUUGGCCAGUGUUGGAGUGCUCAAUUGCUAACUUGAAACUGUUAGGGGCAUUUGUUUUCCAGACCUCUUAGACUCAGUUUCUUUGUGGACGGCUCCACCUGGGGUUUAAGUCAUUUUUUUUGUUUUGUUCUCGAAUUUCUGUCACUGACAAUCAAAUCAACAGUUUCCUUGUUUGUGGGAGGGGAAGUUGCACAAGCACACAAAACAAAUCAAUUUUAAUUUAUCGACUUUUGUUAGAAGCCCUUCUUGGAAGGUAUUUCAUAAAUAUGCAGAGGCAAAUGUGGUUUAAAUUGCAAAUGAGUAUCCAGAGGUCAUCUGCUUAUCCAGAAAAAAAAAAAUGAUAAAGAAAAACAAAGACAAAUUAGAGGGUGAUAUUAAAAAAAAAAAAAAGAGUACAGUUUCAAACCGAAUACCUGACGAAAAAACACAUGUUGAAAACAAAGCAGAAAGCAUGGCAUGGAUAUCGUCGCCAACAGCAACUCAAUGCAGCACUGAGCCAGGAGGCUUAACUCAUCUCAGAUGGCCAGCGCAGGUGUAGCACAUUUGGCUUAUCAAGACUUUUUCAGCCAGGAAGCAUUAAACCUGAUUGGUUUGGAAAACCAGCCUCAGAAUGUGGAUUUGAAUAAUGAUAGGAACAAAGCUAAUGUCAUCGCAGCAUUACAAGGCUUGGGGCACUGUGACGGACAGUAGUGCCCAAUGCCGUUUUAAGCAUUAAUUUCCCGAGUUAAAAAAAAGACAUAGAAAAAUGUGAUAAUGCCCUCUGUCAAAAUCACCUUGGACUUGAGCCACAAAAUAAGAUUUACACCCCAGCUGUGGGGGAAAACUUACUCUGAGAUUUAUUGGACUAACUGGGCACCAAAAUUGCUGUCUCAAACUGUUUUCUCAAGCUCUGGAUGCUGAAAGCAGAAUUCCUCAGAAGAACCCUGUGGGACUUGUGACCAAUUUUUCUUAAUUUGUGUGACUUAUUUUGGCUAAAGUUUGUCCAAAUAGUGUAUUGUGCAUCUGCCCUUACUAAACACCAGGAACUACUCGGCUUCUGUAUUGAAACUGCUUUCAAAUUUUAACACCUGGGGGUGUGAUGACAUGUUCCACGCCCCUUAGAGCACGUACAUAAAAUGUUUGAUUCUUUUUCACAUGAUGCUGUGUUCACUACAGCUUGAACACUUUACCCUGAUGAACUCCAAGCUCUGUGCAUUCAAGUGGUAAGCUUUGAAAAACGCAGACAGCAUUAAGUAGCUUGUGCUUCCAAAGCACCGGGAGCUGCUGGCAAACAUUUUGCAGCCGGCUCACUUGUUUCCCUCAAAGAAUGUGCUGAGAACUACACACUAACGAGGAGAGGUUCUUCCAUUGUGCCAUGAAGCAGAUUGUCGUUAUAAGGCAGUUACUGGAUUACGCCUUUAAUGGUAGAAAGUAACAGAAGUUACCACAAAUGUUCUGUUCAUUACAAAGCAGUGUACUGUGGAGCCUCUUCUUUAUGCUGCUGACCUGUUAUUACAUGUGGAGUUCAACAGUGUUUCAGUCCUGCCUUAGGAUGUAGUCUGAAGUUAACAGGAUGAAGUUGGAGUUAAUCGCAGCAAUAUCUUUGGCAUAACCAAAGACAGAAUCAUUUUAGUGGUGUCUAGUGUUGACAUGUGGUGUUGCUUUCAGGUUGUCAUUACCCAUCGAUCCCUACAUCCAUUCAGUCUGUUUGGUUGAAACUUUUUUGUAAUUUCUGCCUUUAAAGAUCUGAGAUCUGCAGUGACACCCUGUACAUUCAGCAGCUGUGGAGGGAGGAGGUAGAAUGUAUCCCAUCGCCAUUAAAUUAAGGGCUGAAUCAGAUUUGUGUGUGUGCGCGCUCAGCGUGCGUGUGUGCGUCCAUGUGAGCGCAUGCUUGUUUUAAGUAUAAAUUAAACACUUUGGAGGGGAGUUGGUGGAGCGGCCUCAGACAACUCUGUUGACCUCCUCCCACCUCUUACGAGGUUCCUGGCCUGUGGCUGCACACAGUACCUUACAGAUACCGUGACCUAUGAAUAAUGUAAAAGAAUGACUAUCUUACAUGGGACAUAACUCUAAAAUAAGGCCUAUUUUUGUACUAUAUGAGCGGUGCAGUGUAAUUUUCUUGUAAUUUAAAGAUUUUUUUGCUCUUGUUUUCUCCUUUUUAUUUAAUUGAUGUCAAUUAUAGAUUCUACUAAAAAUAAAGAUCUAUGCAAAUUUGAA